AUGGCGAGGCCACCAAAAGCGUCUCGCGAAGAAAGCGCCAUUGUCCGAACCACGCGCCAGGGCGACAAGCCAUCUUGCUGGCCCAACGUCUUGAACUCGUCACGAAGUCGGCCCUCGCGCUGCGAGUCCUUGGAAAAAGGCGCCCUACGCGUCCCUCCCUCGGCCGGAAUGGUGAAGAGCUUCCUCAUCUCGGCCGUGAACCCCCGGUUGAAGCCAUGCAGGAUCUGCGCUGGACUUUUAUACCUAGUGAGUGGACGCACGGUGCGCGCUCAGGAUGCGACAGGUAGCCGCUUCUUCUGCUCCGCCAUCCCAGCGGGGUCCGACCCCAGCUGCUCGUUCGACCCCAAUGGUAACCGGGUGCAGAGCACCAGCCCCGUAGAGGACGAGCUACGGAACACCAUCCUCCAACUCCGGGAGACCAUCCUCCAGCAGAAGGAGACUAUCGUGAGCCAGCAGGGCACUAUCAAGGAGCUGAACUCCAAACUGGCCCGCUGCGAGGCGGCCGCGGAGGACACUGCGGGCAGGUCCAGGGGCCAGAGCUCCAGGCGGAAGGACUACAGUAAGAACACCAUGGGAGACCUUCCCAGGGACCCCACGGAAACUAUAGACCAGCUGGGAAAGACCAUGCAAGGGCUCAAGGGUCGGCUGGAGAAUCUGGAGCAGCAGCAGUUGCGUGCCAACACGUCAGCGGCAGCAGCAGCAGGUGUGGGUGGGAAUGCAGUGGGGCCCCUACCGGCAGAGCUGCGGGAGCUGCUGAAGCACCGUUUGGGGGCCCUGGAGGGCCAGCUGCUGAGGAAGGUGGCCGAGCUGGAGGAAGAGAAGAGCCAGCUGUACAACGAGACGGCUGCCCACCGUCAGCGCACCGAGAGCACCCUCACCUCGCUGCUUGAGAGGAUCACUGAGCUGGAGAGAAGUAACAACGCAUUUAAGUCACCCGAGGAUUUCAAGGUGUCUCUCCCCCUGCGCACCAACUACCUGUACGGACGCAUCAAGAAGAGUCUCCCUGAGAUGUAUGCCUUCACAGUGUGUAUGUGGCUGAAGUCCAGCGCCAGUCCUGGUAUAGGAACCCCCUUCUCCUACGGGGUGCCAGGACAGGCCAAUGAGAUCGUGCUCAUUGAGUGGGGCAACAACCCCAUAGAGCUGUUGGUCAACGACAAAGUGGCCCAGCUGCCCCUGUCGGUGAGUGACGGCCGCUGGCACCACAUCUGCAUCACCUGGACGACGCGGGAUGGAUUCUGGGAGGCAUACCAGGACGGGGAGAGGCUGGGCACUGGGGAGAACCUGGCCCCCUGGCACCCAAUUAAACCUGGAGGGGUGAUCAUCCUGGGACAGGAACAG